AUGUCUGGUUUUGAUCCAUUAACAAUAGUCGACAAAGAUUUCAAACAUAAUUAUGCAAAUUAUAUUUUAUAUUUAUGCCAACAAAGUUAUUUGUCAAUGAAUAUAAGUCAUUGUCGUCACGUAAAAGCAUUAUUCGGUCGAUUACCUCUCAAAUCAAUCCAAGAAUUAGAUCAUAAAUUAAAUAAACUAGUAGGUGCCUUUGUUGGACCAAUUUAUUCCUUUACACAUAAUAAUUACUUAAAUCGUCUUCAACAUGAUUUAAUGAAUCACGUUUGCACUUGUUGUGAAUCACGAAGACAUGUUCAACGGGAUUAUGAAUUAAAUGAUUUUCAGAAUAAUACGAAAAAUGGUCAAAUAGAAAACAAAUAUACAAAACAUCAUAUGUUGCGUGAUCUUUUUUUAUGGUAUGUUUUUAUGGAUAUGCCUGAAAUGGCUAAAGUCUUAUUAUUUCAUGUUCGAGCACGUAUAUGUGCUGCUCUUAUAGCUUCGGCUAUAUUUAAAAAAUAUUCAGAAUUAUCUCAAACAAUUCGUAUGAAAGAUAGAUUUCGAGAUCAGUCAUUGGAAUUUGGAACAUAUGCUGCAAUGUUUAUCGAUAAAUGUUAUGAAUAUAAUGAGAAACGGGCUUGUGAAUUACUUUUACGAAAUAUACCACUUUUUGGCAAUGUCACAUGCAUACAGCUGGCUGUUUUAAUUGAAAGCGAUAAAUUAAUUGGAACGGCUAGUUUUGAUGAAGCAUUAAAUCAAGUUUGGUAUGAUAAAUUAAGCAUGGUUAAAAAUCAACAUUCAACAAAAUUAUUAAUAUUUGUUGCAAUUGUUACUUUUGGCUUUUUAGCACCUUUGACUAUCAAUUAUCAAGAAGCACAUGUUGAUUCAUUGAAUGUACGUAAAAAGUUUGGUCUUUUCAAUUAUAUGAUGCUUUACCAUCUUGAUGGUCGUAAUACAUUUGAUGUUCCACAUUGGACUGAAAUCUAUGUCAUUAUAACUGUUUCAACUAUGCUUUGUGAAGAAAUUCGAGAACGCUAUCAUGAAUACACGACACGCACGAUCGAAAGACGGGGUUUAACUGAAUCUUCCACUUUAGCAGUGCUGUCGAAUGUAUUUUAUAUUCUACCUUAUCUUCUUUUUUAUUUGGGUCUUGGUUUUCGAUACGCUAGUUACAAUCAAGAGUUACUUACUACUGCAAGAAUCAUUUGGGCACUUGAUCUUGAAUUAUGGUAUCUUCGUUCACUUAAAUUUGUUAUAGCUUUUGAAUUUGUAGGUCCAAAAUUAUUUAUGUUAAAAAAUAUGCUUCGGGAUUUAUUUGCUUUUUUCUAUAUGAUUUUUAUUGCAAUAGCUGCUUAUGGAGUUGUAUCACGCGCAUUGAUUCUUUAUAAACAAGUAGAAUUUACAGGUCGUGGAAUUUUUAGUCAAAUUUUCUAUGCGCCAUAUUGGUUUAUUCAUGGAGAAUUCUCAGAUAAGGAAUUACUUGAUGAACUAAUUAGCAAUGAUACUAAUAGUACAACAGGAGUUAUUGCAGAAGCAACAGUUACUCAUGUGUUAUUAGCAUUUCAUAUAUUAUUUAUUAAUAUUCUGUUACUUAAUUUACUGAUUGCUGUUUUUACUAAUACUAUUGGUAAAGUUCAAGAAAAUACAAAUUUCUAUUGGCGUUAUCAACGAUAUUGGUUUAUACGAGAAUACUUUCAACGUUUACCAUUAUCUUAUCCUCCAUUAAUUAUUAUCCCACACAUCAUAUUGUUUAUAUUAACUAUUUAUCAUAAAUGUUGCUCGAAAUUACAUCGACAACAAGUGGCAGAUCUAAAUCACGUACCAGCACCGAAAACAUUUAUGCGUACUUUUAAAAUGAUUCCAAGAGAAGACUCGCAAAAUGAAGCAUGGGAUCUUUUUGAAAAUGCUGCAACACACAAUGACAUUUCUUCAAUAUUAAAAAAAAAAUCUUUAACGACUACUCAUGAGAAAUCGAGUAAAGCAAUGACUACAAUUGACUCGAAUAUGGAAAAACCAAGUGUAAACCAGCAAAAAACAUUAGAAAAUUUAUAUGAAUUAAUGUCAACAUUUCAAUCAGUUCUUAUGGAAACUAAAAAUGAAUUAGCAGAAGAGAAUUCAAGAGUAGAAAUUUGUUUAAAUCGAAUGAAUAAAUCGCUUGAAUCGAUAAUGAAUUCAACUCCACAUGCGAAAACGAAUGAUCCAAAAGUUCAAAGACCGACAUCUGCAACAUCAUCUACAAGAAGUGAUGUUUCACCGGAAAAUCGAGUAACAACUUUUUCCACAAAUAUUGUUUAG